UCUCACACCCUGGCAAACUUCCACUCCAAAAAUCACAGAUGGACUGAGAGAGAGAGAGAAGAGCUCCCGACGAUUCUAGGUAGAGAAAUUUCUAAACCGACACACGAAAACACGCGAAUUCAAUCACCGAGCUUCUGAUUGCAUGCCACGUGUCCGAUUCCGGUGAAGAAAGCAUGGCCAUCGUCGACAGCCACCACCACCACCGGCACAAGUCGCACUCCGACACGAAGCUCUUCACCCUCUGCCCGUUCUGGCAGUCGGGGGGCCAAACGUCGUCGUCUUCCUCUUCCACGCAGAACCUCCACGGCGAUGGAUUCAAAUCCAAGCCCAAAACGGUAUCGUCCGUCGCGAGAUCCCUUCUCCCUCCUCGUCGUCGACUCCGACUCGACCCCGCCAACAAACUCUACUUCCCUUAUGAACCUGGGAAACAGGUGAAAAGUGCGAUCCGAUUGAAGAACAGUAGCAGGUCACAUGUAGCUUUUAAGUUUCAAACUACUGCGCCGAAAAGUUGCUAUAUGCGUCCUCCGGGAGGAAUACUUGCUCCGGGAGAAAGCUUAAUUGCGACAGUGUUUAGGUUUGUGGAGCAACCCGAGAACAAUGAGAAACAUUUGGAUCAGAAGAACAAGGUUAAGUUCAAGAUUAUGAGUCUCAAGGUGAACGCAGGGAUCGACUAUGUGCCUGAGCUGUUUGAGGAACAAAAGGAUCAAGUGACAGUCGAGCGAAUUUUGCGUGUUGUAUUUUUGGAUGCAGAGCACCCUAGUCCUGCUCUGGAAAAACUGAACAGACAAUUGGCUGAAGCUGAGGCUGCACUUGAAGUGCGUAAGAAGCCGCCUCCAGUGGACUCAGGCCCUCGGGAUGUUGGGGAAGGUCUUGUAAUAGAUGAAUGGAAGGAGCGGAGGGAGAAAUACUUGGCUCGGCAACAGGUUGAAGCAGUAGAUUCAGUGUAAACUGUGAUUACCUUUUUCUGUAAGUGCUUUUGGAUUGGAAGGGAGGUUCUCAAAUGGCAAUGUUGUAUUCUUUUUGCUCAUCGAUCUUCGGGUAAGUGGUAGGGAGGUUCUCAUAUUGUGAGGAAGUAGUUGGUACUCCGAAUUAGCGUGGAAGUAGACAGGCUCCGGGUUGAGCUGCCCUCUUGUAGAUAAUAAGUUUUGUUUUAGGUUGAAAAUAAGUGAACGACGCUAUAGUAAUCAGCGUGCUUGUACUUGUAUAUUUUCAAUGUUGAGGUGCCCUAGUGUUCUUGGAAGUUUGGUAUUAUCGUAGUAAGAACUUUCGUUCUUUGACAAGGUGAUAUUUUAAACUAUUCUAAUCUACAUGGAGGAGGAUUCGAACUUC